AUGAUGGUUUUUGAGAAGCGGGGAGACCGUGCAUUUUAUCAUGCACUUCACAGAACGAACGGUCAAAAAAGCAGAUUAACCAGGCAGAUCAGCCGUGGCACGAGUGAAAGUGAAUCGUUGAAGCUUUGUGAUGGAAACCAGAAGCAACCUUUUAAAUUGGGAGCAUUCUCGAAAUUAUUUAUAAUUGAACAAACAACAUACAUACACGGAAACUGA